UUUUUUUUUUUUUUGUCCUGACGAGUUUUGAUUUUCAAAUUUUUCAUCUCUUCAGAACUGAGGGUUUGGUUGUGUUGCAUGUUCUUCACCAUCAUUUCUUUUACAGGAUCAUGGAUCUCUAUGAAAAUUCUUCUAAUACCUGUAUUACCGAUUCUUUCAUUCGUCGAUCAUGAUCACUCGUAAUCUUUGGGGUUUAGUUGUGGUUUGGAAUUUUGAGGUUUCUUCUUUUCCCAUUCAGCCCCUGCAAGAACCAUUCACUUAUCCGUCGGUAUUUUAAGAAUCGGAUCUCUAGGGGUUUAGUAGACAGUAUGGACCUUGUUCAUUAGCCUAAAUCUCGAGUGAUUUGAUUUGUGGAGCUUGCAAAAAUUUAGACCAAGUUUAUAUGUUUCCGCACUGUGAGAUGGUUACUGAGCUAUGGUUCUUCACAAUAGUCUAGAUUAUGGUUUCAAUGGAUACCAGAUGCCCUCAAUGCCUCGGGCUACCAGAUCAGCUAGGAGGAAGGGUGCUAGUAGAAGUAAAGUUGAUGACAAGCAGAUGUAUGCAUUUAACUUGCUGGCCUCUGUAGCCGGAAAUUUGUUGCUUGAGAGGAAUCCAACGACCUUAUCUGAUACGCCAACUUUAAAGGGCCACGAUCAAGAUAAAUAUCCUUCAGGAUUUUUUCCUGAUGUGAUUUCUUAUGCUACAAUGAACACUUCAACUUCUAAGGGUGUUGCUGAAACUUUGACAAAACAGAAAGCCAUUGAAAUGAAAAAUCUUGUUAAUGAUGUUGACUUUGCUACUCACCCCAAGUCAUGUGGUCACAAUUUAGAUGGUGGAAAUAAGAUUACGGUGAACGACAAGUCAGAGAAGGUGAUGAGUGGCACUGAUAUGGCGACGUGCAGGUCUUCAGAUCCAGUCGUAUGUGACUGGAAUCCACACAUGUGGAUUGGUUCAGAAAAUGGCUUCAAGGUACCCUCAAGCAAGGACCAUGGUCCUCAGCACCCUUGUCCCACAACCCAAGAAGUAGGUGUAAGAAAUGAUGACAACAGCUCCUUUGGGUGCAUUUACCCAACUACUUCAAGAAAUUCCUUCAGGAAAGCUCCUUGUAUUAGAGGCCAUAGAAUAAGAAAAAUAUUGGCUUCAAAAAACUGGAACGUUGCUACAAAGUAUGGAGCUGAGAGACCCAAAACAGGUGGGUAUAAAAGGAAAUUUAAUUUCAGUAGGAGGAACUCCUACAAGAACCAAAGAUCUCAAAUGAAUAUCCCUUUCAAAAAGAGAAAACUCUUUGAUGGUUGCUUUCGAGAUUGCAAUGGCAGAAGCAUAGUUGAGAAAAUUUCGGAUUCAAAUGAAAUUGGAAGGGAAUCUUCAGCCCAUGGGAAAUCAUCUUUGGUUGCAGGGCAUCAGAAUUCUCGUGUGAAGCUGAGGAUAAAAUCUUUCAGGGUACCCGAACUUUUCAUUGAGAUUCCUGAAACUGCAACUGUUAGUUCACUGAAGAGGACGGUUAUGGAGGCAGUGAGCACUACUAUUGGUCGUGGUAUACAUGUCGGUGUACUCUUACGGGGGAAGAAAGUCAGGGAUGAUAAUAAAACCUUAAUUCAGACUGGAAUUUCUCAUGAUAAUCAGGAUGAGUGUCUGGGAUUUACACUAGAGCCUCAUUCUUCAAAAGCCCCGUCGUCUUUCUGCCAUGGGGAGCCUCCUCCUACGUUUCGUUGUAGUAGUACACUCGAGACCAUAAACGGAUAUCCUCCCAAUCCAACGGUAGAUCAUUCAGGCAAUAAUAGUGCAUUGUUGUUUGAGACUCAUGCGGCCAAGUUGAGUAAUUCAACCGACACUGCUUAUGAGCCAGCGCCCUCUCUUGUCAAUACCGCAGUUGAGGAAAGAUCAUCAGAUUCUAAAGCACUGGUUACUCUACCAGCCAUGGCUGUGGAGACACUAACUGUAGUUCCAGUUUGUCAAAAAUCUAAACAAUACGAGGUCGGCCAUCGCAGAAUGCGUAGACCCUUUUCUGUUACUGAGGUGGAAGCUCUGGUUCAUGCUGUUGAAACACUUGGCCCUGGAAGGUGGCGUGACGUUAAACUACGAGCAUUUGACAAUGUUAAGCAUCGUACUUAUGUCGACUUGAAGGACAAGUGGAAAACGUUAGUACACACAGCAAAAAUAUCCCCACGGCAAAGGAGAGGAGAACAAGUGCCUCAGCAGCUUCUUGAGAGAGUCCUAACAGCCCACGCUUAUUGGUCUCAACAGCAACACAUCAAACAUGACACUCAAAAAACUUGCCUUCUGCUUCCGUAGCUUUCUUCUACAAAGCUUCCACCGACUUACUCCAUGUAAAUCUUUCUUUCCCUUUCGCCCUUUGUUGUUCCUCGUUUUUUACCUCCUCAAUUUCUUACUGUUUUUCUAGAAAGUAAUUCUGUAAAAAAAUGUAUUUACCAGGAAACAAAAGCUGUGUACUUUGCUUUGUUCUAGCUCAAAACAAAGGGUCGCCUCUACUACUGACUGUAGAGUCUGGCUCUUGCUGUAUAUUAUUUGACUGAAUAAGAGCCUGUUAAUACAAAUUCAUCUGUCGUCCUAUG